AUGGCGUUGUCAGCUGCACCCGGUCCCGCACAUGACUUCGAGUUUGACCACGAGGUUGACGAUGAUUUUGAUCCUAUCUUUCCCCCUGAUUUCGAUCCUGACCAGGAGAUCGAGUUCAUUCACUUGGAACAGCCUUUAGAGGCGCCCGUAGAUCCUAUUGAUCCUUUGUUUGACAUGCCAGCUGAUUUUGAUAUGGAUCUUGUUGACCCGGAGCCUGUCGUGGCCCCAGAGCCUGUAGCUGCUCCUGAUCCUGCACUAGAGCAUGACCUUGUUCAUGACGAUGCACCAGCCAUUGCACCUCUUGUUGAUGAUAUACCCAUUGCUGACCCACCAGUUGUUGCACCACCGUUGGUGGAUGAUCCUGUCGUUGAUGCGCCGUUACCUGCUCCCGUGCCGGUACUGUUUGACCGUGCACCUUUUGCUGCUCAUAUAGAUCCACGAUAUGCCGACACCCACAACGGGUGGAUCGAUGACGAUUACCCACCAUUUGUGUUUCCUGUUACACCUUCAGUAGCCCCCGUUUUAGCACCCCCUGACAUCCCGUUGUUUCCCCCACACACCACAGACGCACACCGCACUGAUCUCCCUAUUACGUUCCUCUAG